AUGGCUCUUCUUGUGGGAACCCGGGCGAGAGUGGUGGUGGUGGAGUCGUUAGAGACGUACGCCCAUGGUCCGGUGAUUUUCGCUUUCCAUAGGCACUAUGGUUUUGCCUCUAACACGGUUGCAGAGGCCCAGGCUAUGCUUGAUGGCAUCACUCUCUGCAACAAAUUGGGUCUUUCCAGCAUAGUUGUUGAAUCUGACUCGUCAGUGGUGGUAGAAGCGGCAAUGGACCCCCUCGCCCAUUGCCCUUGGAACAUCUGGUACAGAUUGGGAGCCAUCCAUCUCUUCCGCCGAUCCUUCAACAUUUGUUUCAGGCAUAUCUUCCGCGAGGGUAAUUCAAUGGCAGACGCGCUAGCCAGGAUGGCAAGCAAAGGGUGUGGCAAUUCGUUUUAUUGCUCUUGGCUGGACUUGCCGAGGAAGGUCAAGGGUCUCUUGGUCCUUGAUAAAGUGGGUCUGGGUUACUUGAGAACCUAA